AUGGCCGCGCCAGAAGGAACUCCGCUUCAUCAGCUGGCCGCGCUGCCUCUGAGCGGCUCGAGUUCCUCCUCUCCGCUUUUGCGCCUCCGCUCGCCGGCGUCUCGCGAUUUGCCGUCGCCCCCUGCGGGCUCUUCGAGCCCUCCUCUCGCCGCGCCUUCGUGGCAGGAAGCAUCCUCUCUCAGCCGCAGAGGCGCCGACUCGCGGCCUGCGGCCUGCGCAGAGGAGGCGCCUGGGAGAGGAGACAACGAAGCGAGGCUGAGCGAGGAGGGAACGCGAAUCGAUGAGACGAAGGCACAGGUGGCGGCGCUGCUUCUUAAGAGGCAGUUUCGAUCUGUGAUUCGCCUCGUCUCCGAACUCCUGCAGCAGCCGCAGCUGCCGCCGGAUCUUCAUAUUCAGUGGGUAGCAGUCAAGAUCUACGCGCUGCUUUCUCGCAAGGACGGCGCGGGCAUUGCGGCGGCGCUGCGCGCGCUGCCGCAUCCUCUCUCUUCGCCGUAUUGGACAUACGAGUUCCACGGCGGCUUAUAUGCGGGGAAGCGGGGCUCGCUGAUUCCCUUCUGCCUCCACACGUUUCUGGCCUGUGCGCCGAGUGUCUGCACGCCGAACUCGCCGGCGUGUCUCGACGCGAUCUACGCCCUCCUUCGCUUCGCGCGGAGAAGACUGGAGACCUACUGCCAUCCUUCUCGCUGCGCGUGUCCAGAGCCUUCUGAGCGCUCCCCCACUGCCGCGCUGCGGAAGUCUCUGCUGCGUGUCGCGGCUGGCCGGCCGCCGAGCAGCUCGGCGGCUGUCUCCUCGCCCCCGCCGGCGUCUUCGGCGCGCUCGCCUGAGGGCCCCCUGGGCGCGGAUGCGGCGGCGGACGACUCUCUGCUCCACGCACUCUGGUUAGAGCGGCUGACGACAGCGGCCUUCCUCGCAGCUGAGAUCCUCGUCGCGAAGGGUCACCCGCAGGAGGCGCUUCAGCUGCUGCAGGAAGAAGUCCUCAAGCGGCGGCAGGGGCAGCAGCACACGCCGACGCUCUCGCUGAUGGGGCGCAUCGGCCUGCGGAUGGGCUCCCUCGACCUCGCGGACGAGUGUUUCGGCUACGUCGAGUGCCUCAGCGAGUGCGACAACGUGACGGCGCAAACCAACAGCGGCCUGCUGGCGCUCCUGAGCCGCGACGCAGGGCGGGCGAGGGCGGCGUUCGGGGCCGGGCACGAGCUUGCCGAGCUUGGAGAAGAAGAGCGCAGGAAGUUCCUCUGGGGGGAGAAGGCGGCCAAGUUCGAGCUGAACCGCGAGGAAGACGUUCGCGAAGGCGAGCACGCGCGACAAGCGGCCUCGCUCCCCGGCUGGGCGCCAAAGCGGCUCGCAGGCGUGUCCUACCCCUCCGCGCUCGCCAGCACGGCCUCGAACCUCGCCGUCGCGAACUUGUACGAUAGAAAACUCUACGAGGCCACCGUCGUCCUCGAGUCCGCCAUGGAGCGGCAGCCGGAUGAGUCUCUCUUCGUCGGCGGAGUUCGCAAUCUGCUAACGCUCUACGAGUUUUCUUUCAACAAGCACACAUGCUUGUCCUACUUGUCAAACCUGAUUCACACAGCGGCGGCUGAGGACGACGAGCUGGGCGCCCUCGUGACGUCGUGA